GCUACCUAUCGUGAAUGGAACCGACGACGUCAAUACUGUUGGAGCCGAAGGCGGAGGCUCACGUAGAUGACCAUAGCCACAACAUAGUGAAUGUGGAUAAAGAGGAGGAUGAACAUAGCGAUUCCGGUUCACUGAUAACCGGCGUCGUUUCGGUCGGUGAUGCUAGUGACGACGAUGAUGGUGAUUUUGCGGUGGAGACGACGAAGUUGGAGCUGCCUGAGGAAUACGCAGAAAGCGUUAUGGUUCUAACGUGCGAUUCCACAGCUGAAGGCGGAUCCUGCCAUGUGUACUUGAUUGGCACGGCUCAUGUCUCUGAGGAAUCAUGUCGAGAAGUUGAAGCUAUAAUAAGCUUGAUGAAACCAGAGGUCGUCUUUGUGGAGUUGUGUUCAAGUCGAUUAUCUAUUCUCACUCCUGCUUUGAAGAUUCCGACGGUGCCGGAGAUGAUAGACAUGUGGAAGAAGAACCAUAACGCAUUCGGAAUAGCGUACGGAUGGUUUCUUGCACAGGUCGCCAGCAAGCUUGAUGUAUUACCUGGUGCCGAGUUUCGUGUGGCGUAUGAAGAGGCACACACAUAUGGUGGCAAGGUGAUUCUAGGUGAUCGUCCUGUACAGAUCACGUUGAAGAGAACGUGGGCUAAGAUGCCUCUAUGGCACAAAGUAAAGUUCUUGUACGGCUUAGUGUUUCAACCUGUCUUUCUCCCUAGCCCUGAGGAACUUAAGAAGAUGCUAAAAGCUAUGAACAAUGUGGAUAUGCUGACGUUGGUGAUUCAAGAAAUAAGCAAGGAGUUUCCAUCUCUCAUGGAUACACUUGUGCAUGAGCGUGAUACGUACAUGGCAUGUAUGUUAUCAAGAGUUGCAAGUGAGCAUAGCUCGGUCGUGGCAGUUGUUGGUAGAGGGCAUCUUCAAGGGAUCAAGAAGAACUGGAACCAACCUAUAAAGAUGAAGGAUCUGUUGGAGAUACCGAAGAAUGAAUCAAAAUAUACAGCUAAGUAUGUUCUCAAGUCGCUGACGGUUGCUGUCGUCGGGAUAGCUAUAGGCUCACGCUUGUAUCUUUCCACCAGAAGUUGAGUUAUCUUCAAGGCAGAGAGAGUUUCUCAGGAGGGCAAUAAAAAUUAGGCCAAGUGUUAUGAUUAUAUAGAUUUUUAGUAACUAUUGUCAUGAUAUAUUAUUUAUUUUUGGUUUAGCGGUUGAAAUCAUUUCAUGAAAAUCUAG